CAUCCUCGCUGUUGACGUGUGGUGUGUAUAAUGUAUUGAAUUUUUAAAUUUGUCCAAGAUAUUAUAAUUUUAUUAUCUUAUCUAAAUAAACAUUGUAGUAAGAAUGGAAAGCAGAAUGUAAUUCUCCAUAUUAUUCACGUAUCAUGUAUUGGAAUAAUUGAAGAAAAUGAUGUUUAGAGAGACAAUAAGCUUCGUUUUAUUGAUAUUUGCAGUUAAUGGUCAACAGCGUAAAUGUAACUUUGCCGAUCUCGAUAAAGAUGUUGACUGUGGAAAGAAUGAAGUUUGCGAAGAGUCAGGAUGGUGCAAUUGUUUACCAGAUUUCCAGAAAAAAGACAAUGAAUGUGUUUCUGUUGCCUCCGAAGACAUCAAGUCAUCUAAUUAUUUAAAUUUAGUUAAUAAUCAAGGUAGCGGUUCUAUAGUCGCCGGAAUAUUGAUUCCUUUAUUUCUAAUAGUAUUUGUAAUGUGCGGAGUUUACGUAACGAGGAAGUACCACUUACUCUCGUGGUUUAGGAACAGGUUUCGUCGAAGGCACGAAAAUUACGAUGAAUUUAUGAUAGGGCAAGACGAAGACGACGAGCCUCUCAGUUAAACAUGCUUUUGCUGCAUCCUUUUUGUAUUUUUAUUGUUUUAACUUAUUCUCUCCUAAAUAGCACAAAGUACAAUGAUUCAUCUAUAAGAUAGUAAAUACUUUUUUUCAUAUUUGUGGUCAGUGAUUAAUGUUAAAUACUUGCCAGAAAGAUCCUUAUACUUUGCAAGGAAGAUCCUUAUAUUUUAAAUACCUAUAGUAACUUUUAAGGCCGUUUGUAUUUUGUACAUUUAGCGUUGUAUGUUAGUCUUCUAAAUGUUACAAAAACUCAUACCAAAGGUAAAAAAAUACUGUCUAAAUAAAAUGCUA